AUGGAAGAUGAAUUGAGAUAUUGUAUUGACGUUCUUAAUUCAGAUUACGCAGGAAUUUAUCGAGAAACAAAUGAAGAACGUUUACUAAUCAAAGAUUAUUCCGCGAAAGGUCAAAGAGUUUGUAAACUAUAUUUUUAUUCUGUUCUAAUGAGCGCAAGUGUAUUUCCUUUAAAAGCUACAUAUUUAAUGAUCAUUUCUUAUAUCAGAGGAGAAUUUAAAUUAACUCAUAUAUAUGAUAUUACAUAUCCAGAAGUAAUAGAAAAACAGAAAGAUGUAUUUUAUGUGUAUUUUUGCUUGUUUUUAAUAUCUUUAAUUUUUACAAUCAAUGGAAGUUGGAAUUUUUUCGGAUUCGAUCCUUUGGUUUCGAUUUUUGUUUUACACGUUUGUGGACAAAUUGAAAUAUUAAGCAGAAAGAUUACAGCACUGGCUGAUAUGAAUGAAAACGAAAUUAUUGAAAGUUUAAAGGAAAUAAAUAAAAAACUGCAGGAGGUUUACAAGUUUUCAAAAUCUCUCAGAACAAAUUUCAUGGAAGUAUUUGAAUUACAAAUGAAAACAACAAUAUUUUUAUCAUCCUUUACACUUUUUCAAAUUGUUCAAUCGAUGUCUCGUUUCGAGAUCAACUUGGAAUUCACGAUCAUGUUAUUCGCCUGUACUCUACAUUUCUUUAUAGGAUGUUAUUACGGUGAUUUCUUAAUGCACAAGGGUGUUAAGCUCAGAGAAUCAAUUUACUGCUGUGGUUGGGAAAAACAGUCCAAUAUCAAAAUAAGGAAGACUGUGUUACUUAUGUUGACGAGAUGUAAUAACCCGCCGAGUAUAAGAUCUGUUUUCUAUCCUGUUAACCUCGAAACAUUCUCUGAGGCGUGCCGGCAAUCUUAUGCCAUAUUCAACAUAAUGAACGCAGCAUGGUCUUAACUACGUA